GGAAACACGGAAGUGUCAAAAAAAUCGGGUCUGUUUUUUCCUGUCAAGCAGCAGAAACCGUGGACAGUCCCUCACGUGAUUGCAGUGAUCAUGGAGGUGUAUUUCCCGAUGGUCUGAGUUGGACUAAAGGAAAGUCGUAUUGAGUUAUCGGAUUAUCAGCGUUACAUCGUGGGGAGGGGUUUCAUCUUUUUUCAGCCACGCAGACUGAGGUGUCUUGUCUUUAUAUCCAUGGAGAGGUUAGAGGCUACAUCAGAGCUCCAGUCACGGCUGUCAUCCCUGUCCUUCUCGUCGUUUCCCGGGAUAACAUCCAAACAGUGCGACACCAGACCGCUGGACAGCCUCCAGAACACAGACCUUUCAAAGAGCUGCACCCAAUCCAAAAACCAAGCUGAUAUGGAUGAAACCAAGGAAGAUUCAGGACGACAUGCAGAGGGUAAUGAAGAGGGCCCUGCAGAGCUGGCCCUGGGGGAAGGAGGAGAAGAGAACAACAGUGCUGGGAGCUGUCAGCUCUCUGCUGAGAUGAAAGCCCAGAUGCCACCCCUCAAACCCCCAACAACAUGGACAUCUGCGGCGCUGAAGGAGCUGAAGGCAAAGCUUCGAACGGAGGAGGACAGCGUGGUGACGGUGUACCGUGGCGACAUCAUGACAGUUCACGUGCCCACUGUCCCCGAGGCCAAAAAAUUGUGCUGGGAGUUUGCUACAGACAGCUACGACAUUGGCUUCGGCAUAUAUUUUGACUGGACUCCUGUCACGAGCCGGGCUAUCACUGUGCACAUCAGCGAGUCAAGUGAUGACGAAGAUGAAGAGGAGGAGCUGGAAGGGCCUGUCAGUAACGGAGAUGUUGAGAAGGGCUCCAAAACUCAAACCAACUCAAACUUGGCUGAAAUUCUACCCGUAUAUCGCCAGGACAGUCACUUGUCCGUCAAUGGGGGGAGCCAUGAUUUUCCAGGUGAAGGCACUUACCUCCUGAAGUUUGAUAACUCCUACUCACUAUGGCGAAAUAAAACCCUCUACUACAGAGUUUAUUACAGUGCCUAAGAUGCCAAUUUAUUGUUUGUGAAUGUAUACUUUACAGAAGAAUCCUACUCUUAAAACUGAAGAACUAUUUUUGAUUCCAUAAAAAAGUCAAAUCAUAUAAAAGGUUGAUUAUAGGCAUAUCUAUUUUUUAUCCCUAUCAGCUUGUGUUGCCACAAUUUAAGCAUAUGGUCAGAUAAUCUUGUACUCAACAUUUGCUCCAAUGUCUUGCUGAUAGAUAUUUGAAGAAGCCUUGCAUAUGUGCCAUGUUCCCAUGUGUGCUCUGUGCCCGUCAUAAAACAUAUAUUGUCUUCAGCUGUAACAUUUCGAUGGUAGCAGGCAUCAGGGAACACCUGCAAAGCAUUUAUUUCUCCACGUCAGGUGCUUAAUAAGCAGUACUAUAAAUAGAGUGUUGUGUGUUUGUGCGCGUGUGUGCGCACCCUCUAUGUUGCUUUGUCGUUGUUACUUGUAUUUAUCCUUCCGCUUUGCACUGUAACUUAUUUUUUAUUUGCGUUUAUCUAAUCAUGUGAUAAUGGAGAAUAUAAUUAUGUAAUACAAGUUCUGUGCACAGAGCGGUCUACUGUCAUAGUGGUUUGUUGAUAUAAAUUGAAUGUACUGAAGCAAGUGGUAACAGUUUUCCAAAGUUUGCUUUUUAGGAUGCAAAUAAGUCAUCCCUUAUCACAUAAAGCUCUUAUUAUGUAAUAUAGAUUCAAUAUUUACAUUUGCCUCAACCCCCCAUUUAAUUUGGUCAGUGUGUUUGUUUUUGAAUAUCCUCUGUGCGUUGGUCACACUAAUGUUGUAUACCCUUGUCUAUCCUGUUUCUAAAAUCAGUGCUUCUACCGCAUUUACUUGUGCGCAUGUUCCCAAAGAUGCCACACAUUUGGCUGCUAAUGCCGUGUACAAUGUAAAGCUUCCCAUGUUAGCUGUACUGUACCUUUUACUGUAAGUUAUGAUGACCUCUGUUCCUAAAAUUUAUAUUCCACAAUAAAGAGAAGAUUGUCUAGA